ACAUGUUACAAGCGGACAAACUGAGAAAUGCUCACCAACUUAACCUCGAGUCGGUGGACGAUAAAGUUCAACACAUGCAGAAGUGUGACCAGGAUUACAAGGAGCUGAUCUCAACUUUAGAGAAACUGAGCUCUGAACACAAAAUGGAGAUAAUGGUACCUCUCAGCAAAAAGGCUUUUAUGCCCGGCCAUCUGGUACACACUGGAGAAGUGAUGGUGUAUCUGGGAGAUAGUUGGUUUGUCAACAGAACCGUUAAUCAAGGUAUAGAUAUAGCGAAAAGGAGACGUGAAACUAUAGUGAAGGAACUAUCAGGAUAUCAGAAGUGUCUUGAUAAUAUCAAGAAUAAACUAGAUAUGACAACAGAACUGGAGGAAGGUAUUGUCGAAGAACUUACUGAGGAAGAUAUCAAAAGAAGUGAUAACCGAAACAAUGCUCGUGUCCCUAAACCAAACGUCCCCAAACCUCGCCCUGCUUUUAGUCCCGAAGAGCUGGCUGCUUUCUCCAAUAUCAAAACUGAAGGAAUAACCUCUUCGGAAGAGGACGUAGAGGAGAAGAAAAGGAAUGUAACUGAAAACAGGAGCCAGGCUCCAAUUGUUAUUGAUAAAGUAACAACUUCUCUUAAAUCUAUUCUUAAGAAGAGGUCUGAUAGUGUGGGCUCAAAUGAUGAUGCUGACGAUGAAUCAGAGGAUGACAUAACCAUAUUCUUCUCUCAUUCUUCUAAUCUUCCCUGUCACGAUGACUCCCUGCUCCAUCCAGGGAAUUUACACCGUCUUCUAUCGAGGAAGAAAGAAGAGGACAUUCCAGUGGAAGAGGCAACUCCCCCGAAGAAACCGCCUCGAGAAAAAGAAAAGUUCAGCAUAAACUCCAGCUUGGUUGAAGAACGAGUAAAUCCCGCCAAGGAAGCAAGGACAGAAAUAUCGAACUCUAGUUCACAAAAAAGACACGUUUCCAAAUUUAAAAUGUCACGAAACAGGUGACAGAAUGAUACUUGAAGUAAAAGGAAACAGAUCCACUUCAAACUUACCUGUGACACUGACCCUUCUUGUCAGAGUAGCGACCAGUUUCAGAACUGACGACCUCCCAUUUUAUGAGCCCAUUUUAUGACGAACAAUGAAACCAUUACACAUCCACCCUAUGCAAAUCAUCCGCUCUUGUCGUCUAGAGUAACUAUAAAAUAUGUUCAUAUAACUGGUUACUUUAUAUAACUGGAGAGCUCUCUUAUUUUACCCUUGAAAUACACAAAUGUUUGGCUCUAAAUGUUACUCAUGAGAGAUACGUGAAGAUAUGAUACUGUCUCGUGCGCUAAACACUGUUCAACGUAAUUGUUCCCCAAUUAGACGAACCAUCCCAACGGACAAAUCAAACGAUUUGACCAGAUCCAGACAAAAUUACGCGACUUCUCCUCCGUUUCACUGGCCGUUUGUUCUGCGUGACAUGUGUUCCUUGCCUGGUCAGGGACCGUUUCUCUCACUUAACGUUCCCCGGUCCAGGUCUCAGACUGUUUACACGUUAUCCCUUAUUAUAGCGUGGUUAUUGGAUUAUUACUCUCGACCGUAACUACGUGAGCUUUAGUCGGGGAUGGUAUGGAUCUGGUAAUGGUCCUAGUUUGACAAGGAUAACGCAUACUCUCAUACUCUCGCAAUUAUCUUACUCUUUACUCUUAACUCCAGAGUCUUGAAUCCGUACGCCAGACUGUCUCCAUCAUUGUCAGUUUUAAGAUCUAACUACGUGCUCAGUUCUAAUAUUUACAGUUUUGUAGUUAGAGCAGAUGAUUGUGCCCUUAUCUAUACACGUCACUAUUAUGAACUCGUUUAUUACACAAGUGGGUACUACAGCUGAUCGUUACUUAACCAACCCAUCACACACUGCUACUUUCCAAUAAUGCUUGUCUCUGUUUUGAUCUCUAACUCUAACUCAGUCCUACAUUUCUCCGGAUUAUCUUAAUGAGUUUAAUGACUUAAUAGAUAGGAUCUACACAUGGUACCCAACGUCUAAAUGGUCAGAUAUGUCUUGAAACAGUCGUUUAGGGGAAAGACUGUCUAGUCUGGUUUGGGUUGUGUGACGGUUGUGAGCCCACGGCUGUUUUUUUCUACCUUCUGUUUUUUUUUCUCGUGCGUUAAACACUGUUCAACGUAAUUGUUCCCCAAUUAGACGAACCAUCCCAACGGACAAAUCAAACGAUUUGACCAGAUCCAGACAAAAUUACGCGACUUCUCCUCCGUUUCACUGGCCGUUUGUUCUGCGUGACAUGUGUUCCUUGCCUGGUCAGGGACCGUUUCUCUCACUUAACGUUCCCCGGUCCAGGUCUCAGACUGUUUACACGUUAUCCCUUAUUAUAGCGUGGUUAUUGGAUUAUUACUCUCGAACGUAACUACGUGAGCUUUAGUCGGGGAUGGUAUGGAUCUGGUAAUAGUCCUAGUUUGACAAGGAUAACGCAUACUCUCGCAAUUAUCUUACUCUUUACUCUUAAUUCCAGAGUCUUGAAUCCGUAAGCCAGACUGUCUCCAUCAUUGUCAGUUUUAAGAUCUAACUACGUGCUCAGUUCUGAUAUUUACAGUUUUGUUGUUAGAGCAGAUGAUUGUGCCCUUAUCUAUACACGUCACUAUUAUGAACUCGUUUAUUACACAAGUGGGUACUACAGCUGAUCGUUACUUAACCAACCCAUCACACACUGCUACUUUCCAAUAAUGCUUGUCUCUGUUUUGAUCUCUAACUCUAACUCAGUCCUACAUUUCUCCGGAUUAUCUUAAUGAGUUUAAUGACUUAAUAGAUAGGAUCUACACAUGGUACCCAACGUCUAAAUGGUCGGAGAUGUCUUGAAACAGCCGUUUAGGGAAAAGACUGUCUAGUCUGGUUUGGGUUGUGUGACGGUUGUGAGCCCACGGCUGUUUGUUUCUACCGUCUGUUUUGGCUCAGAGCUCAGCUGAGCUCUAAAUUAAACAAACUGCCAUUUCACUUGACACAUGACUCAAUUCUAAUCGUUGUGUGACAUAUCCUAAUCGUUAUUUGAUACUGUAACACGAACCCUGACAGUUAUCUUAGACCCUUAACCCAGACCUUUGAAUAAGAUCACCCGAAACAGAUCUUGAAGAAAAGUUGACCCUUCUACGUCUUUUAUUUCAUUAAAAAGGUAUAGGACACUAUGGAGGAGUUUCCCCCCAAGGAGGGGACAGCUCGGCGGAAGUACACACUCACAUUACUUUGGAUACUGGAAACAGACUCAUUAUAACCUAUUAUAAAACACAGUAUACGAUUGAUAGAAAGCACUGAUUAAUAUCAAAAAUACAUUUUAAUUGUAUCAAAUGAAAAUGACGUGAUGAAUUCAUAAACCAGAUCUGUCUAAAGGAGUCAAUAGGUCAAAUUAUAUAAUUGGGCAUAAUUGGCAACACUAACAUCACGUUUAACAUAUUGGUUAUGCGUCUGGUUAUUGGUACCGUUGUAGUAGUACUGUCCACGGUAAUGUGAAUGUCAUGUGAUUUCGCCGUGUUGUCCAUCCUUUGAAGAGUUCCGCCGUGCCGUGUUUCGCCAUUGAGUAUUCCCGUUUCUAGCGUACUGUCCACCGUCAAUGCUGGGUUAUGGAUUGGACGCUAUUCUCAUAGAUUCAAUCUGAAUAAAUUGGUGAAGUUGCUUAAUUUCAAAUGAGACAAAAUUUAUAUUCAUGCAAACUUUGUCUUUAUAUAAAUUCUGUCUCUAACUUUUAUAAAAUUUAGGCCUGAAGUACACUUUGUAUGUGACCUAUUAUUAAUAAUAUUAAAGCUCAAAACAUGUUACUCAUGUUCAUGACUCGCCCACACCCACUUCACAAUGCAUAUAAGUCUCUCACUUCUCAGACUUGAAAACUAAAUUAGUUUUGAAAAUCCAGCUCCGACCACUUCUGUAAAUUUGCAUUCGCCGCUAUUUAUAUUAAUUUUCGUCAUUAACAUCUUAUGUAUGAUACACGUCUAUAUAGCGUACAUUUUAGCCGUCUGCGUGACGCCUCAAUGAUUCUACAGGCUGGUCGUUCUCCUGAUCUCUGCCGCUUUGCCUGGUUAUAAAUACGGUUGUUGUGGUCCAAUCCUCAUAGAAAUACUCAAUAAUUUGUUAUUAUUGCCUGCCAUUGGAGAUAAUUUAACAGUCCUUAGUGUCUUGGCCUAUUAUUCUGGUCUGAAAUUUAUUUGCUGUCCAGUGCUUAAUCUGCCCGGAAGUGCAAGACAAUGCCAAGCUUAUAGUGUAAUUAUUUAAUUGUUGUUUUAAAUAGAUAAGAGUGUUGACUUUUUUAAAAGUCGGACGGCGUUUUGUUUUCACAAAUUCUGGCAUCAUCAUUUUCGGUUAAAACCUCUAUUACGAGUGCUGCUGUCUGAAUUCCUUUGUUUCCCAUGAGAUAAUCAUUUUGUUUCACUAUUUUCAGAAUAUCACCUGACCAUGAAAUUAUGUUGAAUGGACAGAGUUGCCACAUGUUAUGUUAAUUUAACAUUUACAUUAUAGUCUCUAACAACUGUAUAACACUUUUUAAACUUGUCUUUUGCUUGGAACAUCUCCUCUUGGCAUUCUUGUUGCCCAACCUCAAAUGAGCAUAUAUCUGAAAUUAUGCAUCUCAUGACUCAUAUUUAAAUUUCAGCGGAAAUGUUUCAUUAAGGAACCUUUAGUUAUUCGAAUUACCGAGUGCUACUGCCUGUCCUGUUCCGCCCACCAGACUGGCUGGUCCGAACCUUACUAAUUGUUACUUGAUUCGUAACAAUUAGCUGUUGCAGAGGAUGAGAUUAAAUAAUUAACUCGAAGGUUUUGAUGAGCGGUAGUGAAAUACCGCCGACUACCUUGUAGUUGUAACAAAUUACAAUGUUACAGAGUCAGCUAGUGCUUACAGAGUCAGCUGGCUGGUUCUCAUAUCCAGCUAGUGCUACUCAUGUAGAUUCUCAUCUCCAUGUGCCCACUUGCCCAGGCAGGUUCGCUUAGUGAUCCUCCGGUUCGGGCGAGGAUCAAUCACAAAACACACGCUUAGACCAUUUUCAGAAUUUGUAUCGCUGUUUUCCCUGCUCAUUGUUCGUGCUUGUUAAGUUUUAACCUUACCUUUAGUUAGUUUUAGCAAUCUCAGCUUCGCAUUCGAAUCUUGGAGGCUGGUGGCGCCUUUUGCUGCUUAUUAUCGAGCAAUAGUCACUAUUCUGCUGUAUGCCGUAACUGCCAUCAAAUUCCUUGCAGUAUUACCAACUUGAGUAUACACUUACUGGCUUUUACUAAUUCACUCGCCAGCGCACGUGACUUGGGUUUUUACCUCUUUGUAACCGAAAGAAAUGGUUUCACCGAAACACUAAUUAUAACAUUAACACAUGCCACAACCCGAACCCUAAACAAUCGAAUUCGUGUUUCACUAGCCUGUCACGUGACCAAAACAGUUUUUUGCUAAUAACUCUUCGGGAAGCGUUUUAACCAUAUGUCAUACAUGGGGUGUUUCCGGUUUCGGUAUCAGCAUCGACAAAUAAAUCUAUAGAACUACAUUUACAUGAUCAGAGCCCUUCUUUAAAAAUUAAAAAUCCAUUGCGAGUGAUUUAGUGGGACCGAUACUUACUUUGAUACUUUGAUAUAUUUGUAAUAACUAUUUAUUCCGUGGGUUAUUAUUUUAAAAUUGAUUUGAUAUAUUUAAGAUUGUAACACUUUGUUGGUAAUUCAUUUGACCU